AUGAUAAAACCACUUUUUUAUAAGAAAAACCUCAGUAGAGGACUAGCUCUUCAACUUGUUGCUAAAGGAAUUCGUGUUAAUGGUACUGUAGCUCCUGAGUCCUGGGCCAGCGUGAACUCCUGUGCUGUGAAAGUGGCAACCUUGCCGAGGAAAAACGUAUAUUUUGUUGCCAUAUUAUCUGGAUAUACAGUAACCCCUCGAUUCUCAACAUUUUUGCAUCUUUGUCUUUUUGUGAGUCUUAGUUUUCUUUCUCCUUUUUGGUUUAUUGGUAUCAGAUCUGAUAGAGAGUUCCUUUAUCAUGUUAUCGGAGAAGUUAUCAAAGCUGGCGCAACAGGCUUUUGCAUCGGUGAUACUCUUGGAUGCAAUUUGCCCAGUGAAUUUGGACAAUUAAUUGCUGACAUAAAAGCCAAUACUCCAGGAGUCGAAGAUGUAAUCAUUUCAACACACUGUCACGACGAUCUUGGCCUUGCUACUGCCAACACCUUAGCUGGAGUGUGUGCAGGGGCAAGAUUAGUAGAUGUGACUGUCAACGGCAUUGGUGAAAGAGCUGGAAAUGGUUCUCUAGAGGAGAUUGUGAUGACACUAAAAUGUCGUGGAGAGCAAGUACUCGGUGGUCUCUACACUGGGAUUAAUUCAGAGCAUAUAAUCGAGACAAGCAAAAUGGUAGAAGAGUACAGUGGGCUUGAGGUGCAGGCACAUAAGGCCAUUGUUGGAGCUAAUGGAUUUUCCCAUGAAAGUAGCCUCCAUCAGGUUUUGUGUUAUUUUGUCUAAUUAGAAGUUAAUUAGUAGAUGCAAAGGAUACACCGUCAAUCAUAGAUUACUGAUUCAGGAUCUUGUCACCUACUGAUGCAGGAGUAAGACUGUGUUGUGGGCCGGGCCCAGCCCGUGACCGUUUGCAAACGGGCCAAACCCUACCGGUCCUAAAAGUCCACAGUGGACUGGUCCUCACCAAAUAGCUCGCGAGACCGGGAUCGGCAGGUGGGCUUGGGCCGGUUCAACCAGGCCAAACGGCUAUAAUUACACUUUUUCAAAAAAAUAAAAAAAUAAAAAAGGGCAACGGCCUGAAAUUUAAAAAGUAGCCAUUGGCCUUCAAUUUUAGCCGUUUGGCAUUUUCAAAAAUAGUCAUUUGACCCCCAAACUUUGUUUUAACCCCAAACUUUUUAUAAUUACACUUU